AUGCAGCAGGUAGUGGGGAAAGACGAUAUCUCCAAUUUUGGUUCUAAAAUGGUGGAGCCUUCUGUAAUUUCGAAUGCAAGAUUUACAUAUGUGCAUGAUUAUCACAAGUUUCUUCCUCUCCAAGCCGUUGACACCCACCAUAUUGUCGCUCAGAAAAGUGUUGUGAAGCCAAUUGUCAUAUACCUCUUUGUGAUACUUCUCGUAGCGUAUGCUGCCUUUCUCCAUUUCGAUCAGGGAAAACCAGUCACGAUUGUUUUAUGGUGCCUACUUUUUGGUCUUCUCUUGGUCAAAUUGUUUAUUUGGAGACCAAUUGUGAAAGAGUCCGUGAUAAUCAUGCCUUCUUUUGGAGUCCAACUUGAAACUCAUUAUGGAAGUGGAAAGAUAAGGCGAUGCUUUAUUCCUGUAAGCAAGAUUCUUAAACCGGUGCUGAAUGAACAUGUUACUCCAGUUACUUGUUGGUGGUGCUUAUCUCUCCUACUACGUGACCAAGAUGAACUUACCUUAGUUUUCAAGAAAUUCCAUCCACCCUUGAAAAUGUUGGUACCCAUAUGGAAAGCUUUAUGUGAUGCCACUGAAUGUAAACAAAGCUCUGAGGUGUUUCAAGAAGAAGAGUAAGUUGGUGGUUUAUCAUAACACAAUUACCUUUUGGUUCCUUUCUCGUGUUCAAAGGCUUAAAACAUGUACAUGUUUCAUGUCAAAAGUUGAACUUUUGGUCUUUUUGUAUCAUGUUUUAUAAUUAUAAUCAAGAACCCUAAAAAACAAAACACGAGGUGUUAUCUUAUAGCCAAUUUUAUAUCAACAAUGUUCGAGAUGUUCUUGCAAUUUGGAGCAUGACUUAUUUUCAUUUCUCUCGAUCACUUGAUAUUUAUCAAGCCUUAUUUUGAUUUGUGUUUUGUACAUUUAGUCCCCUUAAUUUAAUAAUAUUC